AUGAAGUCAGGAAAAUACUCGAUGCUAUUGAAAGGCAUUAAGGAGCCAGGACCAAGAAACAAUCAUGGAAAAAACCCCAUAGUGGAAGCUUCGGAACCUAAGGCGGAGCCAUUAGAAGAAAUUAUCGCCAUGGUGCUUCCGGAGCGUCAGAUGCCAGAAAGACAAACUUCAAAAACAGAUGCGUGGAAGAAAGUAGCAAUAAGUUUCCCUCCAGUCGAAGACGAAGAAGCAUCAGAUACACCAGUUAUAAUUGGAGCUAUUGUUGGAAAUCAUCCAGUAAAAAGAAUUCAUUUGGAUACGGGAAGCGGAUGCGAGAUCAUGUACGAACACUGUUUUCUGAAACUAAAAACCACUCUAAGGAAAAGGCGAAAAGAUAACAUAAGCCCCCUGGUAGGCUUUUCAAAUGAAAGAACAUGGUCGUUAGGAGAAAUUACUCUAAAUGUCACUAUUGGAGAGGCUCCGCGGAUAAGAUCCGAAGCACUAACUUUCGUUAUAGUACGAGCAGAAUCGCCAUAUAAUAUAAUACUUGGUAGACCAGCAAUGAGAAAGUUGGGCAUGGUACCAUCGCCAAUUCAUGCUAUUGUAAAAUUUCCAACUCCCAGGGGAAUCGGAUUUGUCAAAACAGAGCCACAUCCGGAGGUUCAAUGCUCCCAGGUACUGUCUCCGAAAGCUGGAGAAUGCUCAAAGAAAAAGGAAAACCUUGAGACCGAAACAGAAAAGAUUUUCAUCAAUAACAAAUACCCGGAUCAACACAUAAUGAUUGGAAAGCAAUUACCAACCGACUACAAAAGAAAGCUCAAGGAAGUGCUUGAAAGAAACAAAGAUGUAUUUGCUUGGGAGCCUGCGGACAUGACAGGUGUUCCGAGAGAAUUAAAGAUAAGUGGUGAAGUUUUUGACACACAACAUCAUUUGAAUGCAAGACCACAUAUGGAGCCCAUCAAACAGAAGCGUCGGAGCCUAGCUCCAGAUCGAAACAAGGCCGCAAAAGAACAAGUGGAAGACCUCGUGAAGGCUGGAAUCCUUAGGGAAGUCAAGUACCAAAGCUGGGUAGCUAACCUAGUAAUGGUAAGGAAACAUGAUGGAGGGUGGAGGGUGUGCGUUGAUUUCACUGACAUCAACAAAGCUUGCCCAAAAGAUUGUUAUCCACUUCCAGAAAUUGAUUGGAAGGUUGAAUCCCUAGUAGGCUUCCGCCUAAAAUGUUUUUUAGACGCCUACAAAGGCUACCACCAAAUCCAGAUGUAUCCAGAUGAUGAAGACAAGACGGCUUUCUAUACAUCCGAAGGAAUUUUUUGUUACAAGAAGAUGCCUUUUGGUCUAAAAAAUGUCAGGGCAACAUAUCAAAGAUUGGUGGAUAAAGCUUUUGGAGGGCAAAUUGGAAGAAAUUUGGAAGCUUAUGUCGAUGACAUGGUAAUCAAAAGCCGAAAUGAAGAAGACAUGUUCUUGGAUAUCAAGGAAACAUUCUGA